CGCUUAAUUUUAGUGAACAAAUUGAAAAUCAACUUCAAAUGUACGCCAUCUUGUUUCAAAUUAAUUUUUUCGAAAAUCCUUCGUUCAGGGACCCGCUGGACUAAUCUAUCCUCGUAAUCUACCUUUGUUUUUGUUUUCCGGUAAACCAGUGUAGAGAAAUCUUGCUCGCCGGAAACCUAUGUUUUUAAAUCGUCGUCUACGUCAUCGGCUGUUAUUACGAUAUAAAUUAAACGCUUCUUAAAUCAAAAAAAUGUUUUUUAGUUCUUUAAAACAUGAUUUAUAAUACACGUAAUUGUUACUUAUGCAAAUUAUUAUUUAAUAACUUAAAAAAAAAAAAAAAAUAAAAAAAUCACAAAGAUAUGUUGUUUUUCCUCUUCCUGACUGCGACUAACCCCUUAAGGUAUAAAGAAAAUAGUAAAGCUAAGCAAAAGGUGGGAUAGUUUCAGUUACCCACUCAACUUCAAAGAGUUAAUUGGUGAAUUUGAAAAAAAAGGGCUUCAGGUAAUUUGAAGCAGAGUCCUCAAAGGAACACCGCGGUACAUACCACGGGGUCAUAUUCUUGAACCUGCAUAAGGGUAUGUACGCUCGGUAUUUCUACGGCGAUCUUGCUGCGUUGUCGAGCACGAAGAUGCGUGGAUACACGAGCAUGUAGCCGCAUCUGUACGGAUGAAUCACUGAAACCGAUUACUUAAAUCGCCGGAAAGUACGGUCGGGUUUAUCGAGAACCGCGUGCAAUUCAACGGAAUUAUAUCGGCGAUUUGUAUCCUUCUCGUUUUAAUUGGCUUCGCCGAACAUGGCGACCGCGGGAUUCUUAAAUCAUUAAACUUUGUUAUGGGACCUGUUUUAAGGAUGCUGUCCCAUCCGCCGGGAAAAGAAUUUAAAAAGUACGCCAGACGAAUAGAAAAAUAUUUGAAUAACGAUAAAAUGGUAGCGUACAGUAAAGACCGGAUAAAUGCGAAAUUACUAUCACCGCCGCUGUGGGCGUUCCCCGACUCACUCAAAGUUAAUAAAUUUUCGAGAAACCGUACGUUUAACAAACGCAACGGACUAUUUUUCGCUUCCAUUGCCAAAUAACUCUUUUACCUUGAGAAAUUACAAGUCCUCGAAGUUUCUGGUGGUGCGUGGAAAACAAUUACGAAUCUUCGUUGGCGAACGUCCAACACCCAACGCCAAUCGUUCAACAGGCGUAUAUUUUCCGCUCGGCUUCUAACUCUUCCAAACGAGUUUACUUCGAGCAGCUUCCUGUUUUUCGCCGUCCGCUUGAAAAAAAAAAAAAAGAAAAGAAAAGAAAGAAAGAAAGAAAAAGUAGAACGCAACGCAGAGAAAAUGUUGGCUAGGAUGGAUGGGAAUAGGAAGCAACGGUGUCUUUAUCGAAAGCUCAGGCUCCUUGCGUUACAUGGCUCCUUUCCACGAAUUCCUUCGGUUGGUAUGCGAAAACACACGACAGAGAGAGGCCACGAUCUCCACGAGGGCUAAUAAUACGGGCAGCAAAGGUUUCCUUCGCGAAGACGCGCCCACGCAUCGCAGUUUCGCAUUUCUAGCAUGAGUCUCGAGAUGAUUUUAGUAUCCCAUCGGUCCUCGGGCUAAUCGCGUGCGCGAGUUGAUCUCUGUUUGCGUUGUCACACGUUCGGUAAAACCUUGUUAACCGCGUUCCUAGCAAACAGAUACAGAAUUACAGAGUUCUUCGUUACAGAAUUCGAUUUAACCGUCGACGACACUCUUCGUCUGUAUAAAUAAAAUUCUCUUCCCGGCUGCAGAACCUUCUGAAGUAAAUUCGUAGAGAUAUUUUCGGAUUAACCGUUUGCGCGAACGAACAGUGAAUUAAAAGUUCCGUCGAACGGAUUAAAAAGACAAUAUAGCGGUGAUUUCUGGAUAUAUUUUGUUGUGCGUUGUGUUGAUUAUCGCUGUUCGGUUGCCGAGGCUGUCGGGAGCGCGCCAUUACGGAGAAACCUGAGGAAGACACCCCUGCGGCAGGGAAAGCAGGGGUACCAACCAUUUGCGUGAAUGGAUACGUGGACAGUCUGAGCGAAUGUUACUUCGCAGGCAAGGGCGCGGCCCUGGUUCUACCCCCGAACGAAAGGGCCAGACCCUCGAGGAAGGUCUCCACGGCAGGAUGCGACAUUCAACAGCACUUGCAGUCUAUGUUUUAUCUACUCAGACCGGAGGAAACCCUGAAAAUGGCAGUGAAACUCGAAUCGGUGCACCAAGGAAGGACACGAUAUUUGGUCGUCGUGUCCUGCACGGGGAGACAAGAUGCCGAGGAAAGUUGCCUCCUUGGUAUCGAUUGUCACGACAGGGCGACCGUUGGUCUCGUACUUCGAGUUUUGGCCGACACUGCCAUUACUCUCGACGGCGAUGGAGGUUUCAGCGUCAGUGUUUGCGGUCGACAGCACAUCUUCAAGCCAGUAUCGGUGCAAGCAAUGUGGUCGGCCUUGCAGACGCUGCACAAGGUGUCGAGUAAGGCGCGCGAGCAAAACUACUUCCUUGGUGGUCUGUCGCAUGACUGGGUCAGUUACUAUGAACAACGAAUCGAAAGCGAUCGUUCAUGCCUCAACGAGUGGCAUGCUAUGGACAACCUGGAAUCCCGAAGACCACCGUCGCCGGACAGCGUGCGCACCAAGCCCAGAGAAAGGGACGAGACUGAGCGCGUGAUCCGGUCAACGUUGAAGGAGAUCAUGAUGUCCGUAGAUCUCGACGAAGUGACCUCGAAGUAUAUUCGAGGUCGCCUCGAGGAAGACCUCGACAUGGAUCUCGGGGAGUUUAAGCCAUUCAUUGAUCAGGAGAUGCUCACCAUUCUAGGUCAAAUGGACGCGCCGACUGAAAUAUUUGAUCACGUUUACCUAGGAAGCGAAUGGAACGCUAGCAACUUGGAGGAGCUUCAAAAGAAUGGGGUUAGGCAUAUCCUGAACGUUACUCGGGAAAUCGACAACUUCUUUCCUGGGAUGUUCACGUAUUUGAACGUACGUGUCUACGACGACGAGAAGACGGACCUGCUGAAGCACUGGGACGACACGUUCAAAUACAUCACCAAGGCGAAGAAAGAAGGUUCCAAGGUACUGGUGCACUGUAAGAUGGGAGUGUCCAGAUCUGCUUCGGUGGUGAUCGCGUACGCGAUGAAGGCGUACAAUUGGGACUUCUCUCAGGCCUGGAAACACGUGAAAGAGAAACGGAACUGUAUCAAGCCUAACAACAGCUUCUUGAUACAGCUGGAGACUUAUCGGGGCAUUCUAGAUGCCAUGAAGAACAAGGAGAAACUUCAAAGGUCCAAAUCCGACACUAAUUUAAAGUCUCCUACUUCGGCCAAGAAUCAGUCCAAGAAGGAAGAGAAGUCCGACAACGGAGACAGCGGGUUGCAAAUUACGUCGGGGUUGGAGUUGAGAAAGACUAACCAAAGGCCGAAGAGUUGGUCGCCGAACGUGAAAAUCGCUGAAAACAUGUUGCCUUCUGUUCCCCUUUCGCAGUCUCUCGAAAGCAUCGACAAAACAGGAAGCACGGAAGUGACCAGGGAAGACCUUCUCCGCUCAACGAACCAGAAGGCCAACAUGCCUCAGGAGGCUCGAAACGUGUUGAUGCCUUGCGGCAACGGUCAGUCGUACAGCGUUUCGCAGAACCAAAUCGUUCAUUUACCUAGUCCAUCUCCGGACACGCCGAGCGUCAAGAAUAGAGUGAGCAAAUUAGAAACGCAGGGCCAAAGAAGGAAGGGUUUGGUACUGAACCUGACGAACCAAUUCGAGGCAGUGAGUAGCAAACCGUCGUCCCCCGGCUCGGACUCCGACAAUAAACCGCAGCCGCAGAGCCCAGUUUCCAUUACGAACGAGAACGGACUUGUACAGCAAACGUUGGAGGCCUUAUCGAGCGUGUCCGCGAAACAAGAUGUUUGGACGUCCGGCGAGAAACAAGGGAAGAAAACGGAAAGCGUUAACAAUAGUGAAUGUCUAGUCUGGACUGCAUCGUCCGAUGCAACGUGUACCAAUUCGUGUAAUAACGCUAAGACUAACGGUGAAGUGAGUGCGGAGAGUGAAUGUGUCGCGACGAUGACGAUGUAUCCGGGCACCGUGGGCCGAAAAACAAAGAAGGACGGAGACCCGUUCAGCACCCAGGUGGACAGAGUGUUCGACCGCGAGGAGAGGCAAGGGGAGCCGGUUACGAGAGACUCUCCGAGCCGGCAGAGUUCUUGGAGCAGUUACGACAGCGCUGUGGUUCUAGACAAUAAUUCCGUGCACAGUUCGUGGGCUACGCUACCGUCGAGAAACAGUUCCUGGGGUUCGUACGACAUGCGCCCGACGGACCUGCUCGGCUCCAGCGGUUUGUUUCCUUACGACAAGGAAGAGAUACCGUGGCAUCCGGGCACGGUGAAACGCACCAAACAGAAGCUGGAAGAGAACACAUCUUCCGGUACCGUUAAACGCGUAUGCACGCAAACUUCCGACGCGGAGGACAAGGAAAGGCUACCCGUCGAAGAAGAAUCGUACAACCCGGUACUCCUCGAUUACACGGCGUCCCCGACACCGCGAAGAAGGGACUCUUCGCCUUGUCAAGAGCACAACUUAAAAGUGGACACCACCAGAAACUCUCCGAGUCCCGUUAGAGGAAUCGACAUCUCGUCCCCGUCGAUUCGUCAGAUCGGAAGGCUGUCCACGAGCGCUCCGGCUCCGUCUUCUCUGUCCUCGGACACGGAUCUCCCGUCGUCGUUGAGGUCCUGCAGAUCGGAGAGCGAAACCUCGAGCCCCUCCGUAGUCAACACCACUCAGUGUCCUUCCGUGAAACACCACAAAAUGGUCCUGGAAAAUCUAAGCAACAAAUCUAUAUUCAACAAACGCUGUCUGUACAUGGGCGAUUCUUUGGAAGCCGAGUGUCCGCGAAAUACAUCCGGCAUCGUGAAGAAUCUCAAGAAGGAAUUCGAGGCGAAAUCGAGCAAGCCGGAGAAAAGUCCUGAGAACAGUUUCGAGAACGAAUCGUCGAUGGUUAGUCGGCCAAAGAGGGAUGUAAAGAUCAGGAGUUUGCCCUCGUCGCCGGUGAUUCCUCACAAUGAAUCGAAGAUACAGGCCCCGUCCGAAACCAAAGAUGAAACAUUGACGUCCUCGCAGGAGAACACGGAAGACUGGUCGGUCAGGGUUUUGGUGGGCAAGUACGAGGUAAAACCCGAUCCGAGGAAAUCGUCGGACAUUCAGCUGCGCGUGCACAAAGACAAAGAAUGGGGGGACUCGAUAGAGUCACCGGCUUUGGCGAAAUCGAAAAUCACUCCCGAAUACAGCAGAAGGUCCGCGCCGAUCAUGAUCGACGAUCAUUCGUCCCCUCUGUUCGCCGAGGCACCCGAAGCGCCUGGCAGGCCACCAGUCCCCUCGGCCGGAGUCGUGGCAGCUACCAAGAAGCAACAACAGCACGGCAGAACCCAUCCUCUCGCCAGGCUGCAGGUCAGGCCUAGGCAUAGCAGUCCGGUUUACAACACCAUGUAAAAGGGGAACGAUUUUCUCCCACUGUCGAAUCUGAGCGCGCGUACCUGAGUGCAUGGGUAUGUUGUCGUGGCCACGAUGAAACUGUGUGAUCUCUACUGAUGCCAACAACUCGAGGAUGGUCCUCCUCGAACUCGACGACAAAUCGACGAGGACAAGAUUUGUAUUCGCUUCCCACCAUCGUCGAUGUACAAUUUACCGUUCGCGAGAGUCCUGUACUGCAAUCCGUGAUAAUCAGACAAAAAACAGGACGCUUAUUUUUUUUUUUUUUUCAAUGUUACUAAAAACUGAUGCAGUCCAUAAACGUCGCGUAUCGCCCUCUGGAAAGAUCAUCGUUCGCGGUCAAUUAUUUGGUAACGAUAGGGGCGAUAAGAGACCGACAAUUGUUUCCAUGAAAAUACUUUGAAUAGAAUCAUUUUUUGCGACGAAAUAAUUGGAUGACGGUAGAAACGAAAACAAGAGUACUCGAUUGCACCGUUGCAGAAACAUUUUGUAUCGUUCAACGUUUUAUUUAUUUUUGUAACUUGUACAAAACGUUUUGACAAAGAUUUCUGUACUUUUUGUAUGAAUUUUGUAAACAGAAAACAUGUCUUUUUCAAUCAAGAUCUUUACUUGCCAAGUCGAGGGAAAUUAUCGACCGAAACAUCUUGUGUAUAUUCGAAUCCGAAGCCGAUUUUAUCACGGUUCGAGCGAUAUAUAUAUAUAUAUAUAUAUUUUUUUUUUUAACAUAUUUUUAUAUGAUACAUGCAUUAGUUCGAUAGAAAAUAAAUUUAUCUUCCACGAGUUUAAUUCCUUCCAUUGAAUUUUUAAUCGUACAACGCUUGCGUAUUUGGCAUCACGUAGAUCGAUAUCGUUGAUGCAAAUAUUUCUUUAUCCGCGGUGAUUAAUUACAGGUGAAACGAUUAUUCCUCGUUCUCCUGUUCGAUCAGAAUACAAAAAGAGUUUCUACCGUAAUCCUAUUAAUUCGUUGCAUCUAUUUUUCUAGCAAAUAGUACUUUUGUAGAGAACGUAACGACCAUCGAGAGUUUUUUUUUUAUUCCGUUUACCGCUAUCGCAUGAUGUCCGAUACGAACGAUGAACAACGUAGAAGACAAUACAAAAAUCGAAUAUAUCGCAUCAGUUUUGGAAAACGUUUAAAAGGUACAGGUGGCCCUGAUCUUAUUGUCGCCGAGUGUAAUUUUAAGGCACGUUCAAGGUCCUUUAACGUUUUAUGUUCCUUCUUCGUCAGACGUGUCUUGGCCUGCUCUUAGUUCAAUUAUUUUUUAAGCUGAAAAUGUAACAAUUAGAAGAACGCGGAAACUGUUAUUCCUACGAUAUGUCGUCAUAGACCUAAUGGGCUUGGAAUCAAACGUGAUGUUUUACGAGACGUCAUGCAGAAGUUAGAGCCAGCCUUCGGGUGUUCGAAGACGUAAGCGACGGCUCGGUCAGGCUGUGAACGAAAGGUCCGAGCCCCGCCACCAUGCUGGCUCUUUCUUCUGCUUCGUUGUGAUUGCCGAGGCGUAAGCGAAAGAUUGUAUACAAAAAGACCUCGGAACGACGUAACGUUAAGCUAUACUAUUAGUAAUUUAGAACGAACAAUGUGAUUAGGAUGGUGCACAGUAUGCGAGAAGACGAAAGUAGCAAACCCUCUAUUUUCCUGGAGGAGCUGCUCCGAAUCGUUUAAACGAUUCUGGUGCCUCUGUUCGACCAAUCGUUAUCAACUCUACACUUCGCACUCCCGCAAUCAUAGCGUCAUCGUGCGACCCGAUUGAUUUUCCGUUCGGUUCAACGUACCGCUUUUUAACAACCAGUGACGACGAUACUCCGUCGAAAAUUGUACCGCUGUGACUCGAGAAGGUACAAUGAAAAAAUACGGCUCGAAACACUGCCGCCCCCCCGCCACGUGUUCUCAAUGUCACAGCGUUCGUCGUUCUCACACAUAUCAUCGGACCGCUCGUUUUGUUUGCGUUUGCAAAGCCAUGUUGACCAAUUUUAUACUCCCCUGAUGAUGAUGAAUGCGAGGCUUGUUUUGAUAAGAUGCACCGUGACGACUGUGUGUGUAGAAAUAUAUUUUAUUACUGAGAUAAUUUUGCAAAUAAUUUCUCAUAUGUUCAUUCUAACUGCUGUUGUCUCUCGGACGAAGUAUUCGAAGAAAAAAAAAAUAAAAAUAAAAAAAAAACAAUCCUAAGAACGAAUGCUAUUAAACUGUAACGCAUUAAAUUAGAAUAAAAAAUGUUACUUCGCCAAUAUUGUGCUUUACGUUAAAAAUUCAAGAGGAAACAAAUUAUUUCACUCGGUACGAUUAAACUUCGAAAAUUCACUUUGGAAUCUUUUUCGGCUCCGGCAAGAAAAAAAGGUGUCUUUGCCUAAAUUAUCUCUACGACAAAAAUAAUAAAAGUAAUCCAGAUGAUUCAUCGUGCAAAAAUAUUAUUUCUUCUUUUGUAAUUUAAAUAAAGCGUGCCCAGA